AUGUUCAGCUUCAUUUUUGGGGCCUCCACAGAGGGGAGGAGCCCACCCACCAUUCAGGAAGGGCACAAAGCCGUGGAAGUGGUCAUCGACGGAGAACGCCUCAAAGUUGAUGUAGAUGUGUUGGCAGAAGUCUCUGGGUUAUUCCUUCAAGUGCAAAGCACUGAUCAAAAGGAAUGUCCUUUGCUGGAUUUUCCUGGGGGUUUAGAGCGAUUCCGGGACAUUGUUGGAUUCCUGGUGGAUCACGAACCAUUGGCGGUGACAGAGGAAACGGUCCUGGACCUGAUGGAAGCAACUUGGCUGUUGGAAUGCCCACGCCUGCUAGAGGACGUCAUGGAGUCGGCCUAUGCCAAAUCCCUCUCCUCUCGAAGGCGGGCCGAGAUAUUGGAGCACAUUUUGCCGUACACAGCUGCAAGCAGCCCGGCGGAUUCGGAGCAUGCUGCAGAGUUGCUGGCUUCCAUGCCGAAUGAGACUGACGUCCUGGGCAAUUGGACGGAACAUGGAAUGGUCAGUUCUAUGUCCCCGUCGGUGACUCCAGCUUUGGCGUGUGGUCAGUUUCUGCGAUUGUUCCAUUUCGAAACGCUUAUGUGGCAGACGACAGAGCGUGCAGCAAUCAGGCUUGCAUCGGAAUUAGAUUCAGGCGACUUCAUACUUGGACCGCGGCUGGCAACUGGUAGUUUACGGGUAUGUGCUGAGUUGCUCCGCCUGCAGCGAUUGCGCGAGGAAGAAUCUGGGUUCGUGACAACAGCCAUGCAGCCGGUCAGCGCCCUCUGGAAGAAUCUCAUGGACAAGCCGCUGCGGGCCAAAGUGUCAUGGGACUCCCAUCUUUUUGCCUUGCGGUGUAUGCGGCGCCGUCUGGCUGCAGCAGCACCUCCUUCCAUGGCAGCUCGCACCAGCGCUGAGAUGGCCGGGGAGUUAAAGGAAGAUGAACAAGCCCACACGGACUUGCCCACGGAGCUCUGUGAGGCGGCGCAGGACUCCACACUUAUUUGCUUCGUGGAGCUGGUUGCUUUCGUCGACGUCGAGAGGUUGUAUCCAAACUGGUCAGCUUUGCUGAUACGGACGCUGCUGCUUCUGGAGGGUCCGGAAAGCGGCCUCGCCCGGAAAGUGUUCAAGGCCACCUUCGCCCAGAGCCUCUUGGUGCAGCGGCUGGCCUGGUGCCCAGCAGGGGCUCCAGCGGUGCCAGCGGCGUGGCUGGCGGAUGUCGUGGCGCACCCCGAUUCCUCGAAGGCCCUGCUGCGCGUUCUCGCCGGCUAUCGGUCAAUGGAAGCCGAGGAGUUUUGCGACUUGGUUGAACAUGUCUUGCUCGCGCAGUUCCUUUCUUGGGACCAUUGCAACCACAUGAUCCUCCAGAGCGAGUUGGUGAACGAGCUUGUUGGGGCCUGUUUGGAUGCUGGCCGAAAAGCUGCAGCUCUGCCUGGGCAUGCUAUUCCAUCUCUCGGCGAGCGACGAUGUCCUGCUCACUGGGCCGGCCAACAUGUGCUGUGGCGCCUGGAGCAUCUCGGUCGGCGACUCUUCGAUGUGUCCUUCGUAUUUCAAGAAGGCUUCCUCCCACACUCUUGGCCUGAUUGCCUCGAGGGAGACGGCCGGGCAAUGCCAGGACCUCUCUUGCGGGUCAUGGCCGCAGAAGAUGAUGUGUGUUGUCCUCAACCUCAAGUCGUCGAAGUGCAGGGAACGUGUCUGUGGGAUGAGGGGCUGUUGACGAUCCCAUUGCUUCGGCCGACCAUGAUGGAGGGAAGAUCCGUGACUGAAAAACCAAUUUUGCAUUAUGGCCGUCAGGUGAUCAUGAGGCAUCUUUGGUACAAGCAUUCCGGGACAUACUGCGAUGUUCCGAAGCUCAAGAGCCUGUGGGAUCUGGCGUGCUGGUCCCUUUGUGAAGAUGCUGGCUUGAUUCGCCAGGCACUUGAGUACUUGAAAGGAACAUACAGGGAGCUCUGCAGACCUCAAGGCAGUUGGACUGCCGACAGUGAGGAAGCCAUCUUUCAGAUGUUCUUGGCUAUUGACUUAUCGGUUUUGCCUAUGCAGGCCUUGCAGUCUCCGUGGGUACCGGUGCAGGUGCAGACCGUACGUUUGUUUGUGCAGCAAAAGCCAGCGGACCAGUUUCACGAAGAACUGCAGCAAGAGUUUGGCAGAGCUACUGAGCACUUGAAAUCCAUCGAUUUGCAGUGUGCAAAGCUUAGCGAGAAGCUAAACGUUGUAGAGCAGAGAACUGUGAUGAACAAGAGCCAGAUCAGUGAAUCGAGCAUCGCUCUUGAAGAGCAUCAGCGCCGCAAGCGCGAGGUAUCAAAGUAG